AUGUCGUGGGCGACGCCCGUCCGCAGCCACGUCGUGGCGUUGGCGGAGGCGGCGGUCGACGCCGUCUACGGGGCGCUCGUAGCGGCGACGCUCGAGGAGUGGGCGGGCGCGAGCACGGACAACCCCGUCUCCGCGGCGGACGCUCGAGGCCCAGGCCUCGAGUGUCAGCAGUGCUUUGGGAGCUUUUACGACGAGUUUGGCGUGGAGCCGUGGCUGUGGCGCCGGGCGUUGCGUGAGGGCUGGUCGGAGCUGGGGGGCUGGUCGAGAGAGGAGAUGGAGGCGGCGGAGAAGGAGAUCUGGCGUGGCGAGAGUUCUGAGAUCUCUCAGCUAGGCGAGUGGGUCUGCGAUGCUUGCCUGGAGGGCUAUUUGGGGGGGGGCUUUGGCGACUACUCGGAGCUGCGCAGCGGCUACGAUGAGGAGCCUGAGCCAGGGGAGGGUUGGGAAGGGGGGGCGAGGCCGGAGGAGUAUGGCGGCCUCUUCGACGGCCCAUAA